AUGGCUAGAUUCUCUGGAAAGACUGUCAUUAUCACUGGCUCUUCCAACGGAAUCGGACGAACGGCUGCCGUUUUGUUCGCCCAGGAUGGCGCCAACGUAACAAUCACCGGAAGAAAUGCUGAAAGACUUGAGGAGACGAGAAAGCAGAUUCUGAAAACGGGCGUUCCGGAGCAGAAAGUGAACUCGGUUGUGGGCGAUUUGACCACCGAGGCAGGCAUUGACGAGCUGGUCAAUUCCACUGUCACCAAGUUCGGAAAAAUAGACAUUCUGGUGAGCAUCAGUUUCACGGAGAAAAUGCCAAUAAUUUUAUAGGUGAACAACGCUGGUGCGGCUGUUCCGGACCCUCUGGGGCGAAUUGGGACCGAUACCGGAAUCGACGUCUACCACAGAACUCUUGAAGUCAACCUGCAGAGUGUGAUCGAAAUGACCAAGAAAGUGAAGCCCUUUUUGAUGGCCACGAAGGGAGAAAUUGUGAAUGUAUCGAGCAUUGCUGCCGGGCCACAGGCGGUACUUUCUCUUAUAUUUCGAAAUGUUUUCAAAAAUGUGUUUGUUUCAGCAGCCAGACUUUUUGUACUACUCAAUUGCCAAAGCGGCACUUGAUCAGUACACCAGAAGCGUUGCAAUUGACUUGAUCCAAUAUGGAAUCAGAGUCAAUUCUGUCAGUCCUGGACUAGUGAUCACUGGAUUCUCGAAUGCGAUGGGAUUGCCGGAGGAUGCCUCAAAACAGGUGUGAAUUCGAGUUCAUCAAGAGUGACAGUUUAAUGUUCAGUUCUACGAUCGCAUGAGCGCCCACAAGGAGUGCAUCCCUGCACGGGUGGCCGGCCAACCGGAGGACAUCGCGCACAUCAUUCAGUUCCUGGCCGAUCGCCGACUCUCCUCCUACAUCAUCGGACAGUCGAUUGUGGCCGACGGAGGGUCGUCGCUCGUCAUGGGAGUUCACGCUCAUGAUUUCAAGAAGAUGAUUGGAUUGUAG